AUGGAUCAAGUACUCUCUUAUCUUCCCCCCUUCGAGGGUCUUCUGCCCAAAUGGCUCGUCUUCGUCUCUGCUGUUUCAGCAAUCAACAGUCUCCAGGCUUACUGCUCCGUCGAUUAUACCUCGCUCCUCUAUACCAAUGGCUCCAAGCCUUGUGAAGCAUUGUCCGGUCGGGUCUUUGGUACCUGGACUUUCCUUUCUGCCGUGAUUCGCAUGACCGCCGCUUACAACUUGACUACGCCCGUCGCGUAUGAUCUUGCUAUUUGGACAUAUGUCAUUGCCCUGACACACUUUACUGGAGAGUUGAUCUUUGGAAACGCGUCGCUGAAGGGUCGCUUUCUGAGCCCGUUGAUUGUGGCAUCUUCAUCUAUCGCUUGGAUGUUGAUCCAGCGCAAGGAAUAUUUGGGUCUUUAA